AAAAUAAAUUUCCUAAGAAACUCUUGAUUUCUUUCAAAAUUGUUUUAUAAUAUUUACCCUUAAACCAUGGCCUUAAAACAGAAUUUAUCUUCUUACCAUAAAAAUACUUUAUUGAAAAUCACCAUUAUCUCAGUGAUUUUGGUUGGUACAUUUGUUGUCUCAACAUCGGCUAAAAAUUUGGAUUUAGACUCACAACAACAGCUACAACAUCAUAAUAGUCAUCAUCACAGUCAUAAUAGACGUUUGCAACGUCGCGAUUCUACUCUUAUAGAAUCGACGAAUCAACAUUGUAAUGAGGUUCGCGAUUAUUUUGAAUCGAUUGAUAUACAAUUGCCGCAACAUUUUAAUGAAAAAGGUUCACAAUGUGGCGGUCAAUGUUGUUCGAAUUCAACAGAAAUCGAUUUAAGAAAAAAGGCCACAACAGUAUUUGAACGUCUAUUGCAUCAUCAUACAAAAAGUUUACGUGGCAUUUUAGAAUCAACAGCAAAUUUAUUUCAAUCUCACAUUUUGGAAUUGACUCAACAGUCAGAGAAUAGAACAAUAAAUAUAUUCUCCCAAGUGUAUAAGCGCAUGUUACCUUUAUCACGCAAAUUGAUUGUACAAUUAUAUUCAGAAAUUAUAAGCAAUUUAAAAUCAAGUGAAACGGUUAGUGCCACCUCUUUGGAAAAUGCCAUCCACAAGUUCUUUGUGAAUUUAUUCCCGGUGGCCUAUCAUCAAGUGGUGCAUUUGAAUAAGCAAAGUUAUGGUGAAUUACAUGAAGACUAUAUUAAUUGUUUGAAACACACAUAUGAUGAUCUGCAGCCAUUUGGUGCCAUACCCAAAGAAAUUACACGCAAUUUAGUACAAAGUCUACAAACGGCUCAUAUUUUCAUCAAUGCUUUGUAUCAAAGUGCUGAAGUUUUAAGUGAAACUGAUGAAUUAUAUGCCACACAUUUGAGUGAGAGCUGUCAGAAGCAUUUGCUUAAAAUGAGUUAUUGUCCCAGUUGUAAUGGUCUACAAAAGACGCAUGUUAAGCCCUGUUACAGUUAUUGCAUGAAUGUAUUAAGAGGCUGUUCGGCUCAAUAUGCUGGUGUCUUGGAUAGUCCUUGGUCAAAUGUUGUUGAUGCCAUUGAUAAUUUGGUCACAACACAUAUACGUUCUGAUACUGGCAUUGUUACAGUUAUUAAACAAUUGGAUAAUAAACUAUCAGAAACAAUAAUGAGAGCUAUGGAAAAUGGUCCUGAAUUGGAAAAGAAGGUGAAAAAGACCUGUGGUACUCCUAAAUUAUUGGCCUCAUUAAGUAUGGAACAAGAACCUAAACCACCAAUGCCACACAAUAUCAAAUGGGCCACACCUGCCGAUUCGGAAAUUUUGCGUUUUCUUUCCACCAUCGACAAAUCAAAGGAAUUCUACUCAAACAUUGUCAAUAAUUUCUGCGAAGAUGAAGAUAUCCAAAGAAAUGAUCGUCACUGUUGGAUUGGUGAUCGUGUUGGUGACUAUACACAAUUGGUUAUGACCGCUGGCAUUGAUACGCAACGUUAUAAUCCCGAAGUCCCAUUGGAACCAAAUUCUCAACCCUCAAAACUAAAUGAAUUAGUUGAUAAAUUAUUGAAAAUACGCAAAAAUAUUGCAACAGCGAUACCCUCUACUACUAGGACAAUCAAUGACAUUCAAAGUGAUAUGGCUGGCCAUGAUGAUGAAGGUUCUGGUCGCAUGACAGAUGAUGUCGACGAUGAAGAAUAUCAUAUGCAAGGCUCAGGAGAUGGCUCUGGUGGAGAUCAUCCUUCUCUCGCCUUUAAUCCACGCUCUGAGUCUGAUCCUACUGAAAAUGAGAUUGUACCUGCGGUAGGAACUGGCGGUAGUUCUGCCACAACAAUACACAUGAGUUUGACAGCUUGUCUAAGCGCCAUACUAGUCAUACAAUUAUUAACAACGAUACGAUUUUUUAAGUUAUAUUAAAAAUAUUACUGAAAAAAUCCAAAGGGUGCAACUCUGUUUUAUAAAUUAUGUAGUUUAUAUAUAAAUUUAAAAUAUAUAUAUACAAAUUAACAACUCGAACUCGACUAAAUGCAAACUAAACUUGCUCUUAAAAUACUCUUAGAGAGUAACAGUAAAGAAAUUCUUUAAAAUGAUUUUUAACAAAAAUUGACAAAAUACAAAAAAAAAACAGCAAUAACAAGUGCAAGAAAUUCUUUAAAGAACGUAUUUUCAAAAUAAUUUAAUAAAAAAAGUGAUAAAAAAUAAAGUUGAAAAACUUUAUAAAAAAAAUUAAUAAAAACAAAAUACGAAAAUAUGUUAAAUGUAUACAAGAACAUUAAAAUACAAAAAGAAAACUUACGUACAUAACAUAAUUUGAAUCUAAAGAAAGUCCAAAGAGCUCUAAAUAAAAUGUAAAUCUUUUAAUAGAAAUUAAAAACAAAACAAAAAGAGAACUUGUUUUUAGGCAAUUAACAAAUUUUUAGAAUUAAACGAAAAAAAAAAGAAAAUUAAAUAUAACAAAAACUACUUGGCGUUAAAGUCUCCACAUAAUUCCCCCAUUAAACUGUUGGAAACAUGCAACCCUGUUAAGGAAACAAGUCAAAACCGUUAAACUAAAACAGGGUUGUUUUGUUAAAAUAGUCCAGCAAACAUUUUUACUCACAAAAUAAAGAACACAAGCAAAACUAAGAAAAAAAGGUGCCAUAAACA